AUGAUGGUCCAACACUCAGGCCAGGUAUCUGCAUUAGAAGUCAGCGCCUCCGCAAUUGUUCCCACUUUGUCCCCUGCAGGGUCACUGGGGUUUGAUGAUUUUGCAAAUUUAACCCCACUGGUGAAAGAAGAACUGAGGUUUGCCAUUCAGAAUAAGCGUCAGUCCCACAGGAUGUCUUCUACACUGGACACCGUGACAGUUUCUGAAAGGCCAGUAGAAACAUCAAUCAUGAAAACAGAGUAUUCUCCUGAAGAGGAUGAAAGGAAAAAACGAAGAAGGGAAAGGAAUAAAAUUGCUGCUGCAAAGUGCCGAAACAAGAAGAAGGAAAAAACAGAAUGUUUGCAGAAAGAGUCCGAAAAGCUGGAGACUAUCAAUGCAGAGUUAAAAGCCCAGAUCGAAGAGCUAAAGAAUGAGAAGCAGCAUUUGAUAUACAUGCUAAAUCUUCACAGGCCCACUUGUAUAGUUCGGGCACAGAACGGAAGGACACCUGAAGAUGAAAGGAAUCUUUUUAUUCAACAGAUCAAAGAAGGCACAUUACAAGGUUAG